AUGGUCGAAGAAGUGAAGAACCAGAACGAACUUAUCGAAAAGAAGGAAAAGAAGGAGAAGAAGGAGAAGAAAGAAAAGAAGGAGAAAAAGGAGAAGAAAGAGAAGAAAGAGAAGAAGAGCGAUGAUGUGAUGAUCGAGGAUACCGUCGGUGAUACGUCGAUGGCGGAGGUUGCCGAGGAUGACGAAGUCGAUCCUGCGAAGCUGAGCCCAAUUGCCUGCCCUCUUGCUACCAAACCUUUGACUAAGAAGGUGUUCAAGACAAUCCAGAAGGCGUCCAAGUCUCGAGGUCACGUCAAACGGGGCGUCAAAGAAGUUGUCAAAGGCCUGCGCAAGGGCGAGAAGGGUCUUGUUAUCUUGGCCGGUGACAUUUCACCUAUCGAUAUCCUUUCGCACAUCCCUGUACUUUGUGAAGACACUGGCAACCCAUACGUUUUUGUGGCGUCGAAAGAUCAGCUUGGAAGUGCCUCUAGCACUAAGCGCCCCACCAGCUGCGUCAUGAUUGUUCCCGGCGGAGGAAAGAAGGCAGUCGAGAAGGGAGAGACCAAGGUCAAGGAGGAUUACCAAGAGGAAUACUCGUACCUUCACAAGGAAGCGUCGCGCUUGGUUGAGCAGGCGCUCAUGUCGUAA